AUCUGUUAGCAAAGCAAAGCAAAGUAGACACAAUCACCAUGUCAUUUCUUUCAACAGGAACAACAUCAGCAGCUACAAAUAGUGCUACUGCAAAUGGCCAGGAACUUAUCAAUGAUAUAACCAUAAACAACCCACCUACAGACACCAUAACCGACAUUGCAUUCUCACCACAACAAGAGCUUCUCGCUGUGAGUUCGUGGGAUAAGAAAGUCCGAAUUUACGAAAUUGACUCUAAUCUGGGCAACAACCAAGGCCGGGCAAUGUUUGAGCACGAUGCGCCUGUCUUCAGUGCCAGAUGGUCAAUUGAUGGAACUAAAGUUGUCAGUGGUGGUGGAGAUGGCCAAGUCAAAAUCUACGAUAUUGCCAGUGGAUCCACCCAGCAAAUCGGACAGCACGACAACGUGGUAAGAGCAGUUAGAUACGUUGAAUGCGGCGCUACAAACACCCCUGUGGUUGUCUCCGGGUCGUGGGACAAGACAUUGAGGUAUUGGGAUAUGAGAUCGCCCCAACCGAUCACCACCAUUCAAUUGCCAGAGCGAGUUUAUUGCAUGGAUUCGUCCCAGAAAUUACUCGUUGUGGGUGGAGCCGACCGCCAUAUAAGUGUAAUUGACUUGAACAACCCUCAACAAAUAUUCAAGAGCUACCAAUCACCAUUGAAAUGGCAAACCAGAACUGUCUGCUGUUACCCACAAGCCAAUGGGUUCGCCAUUGGGUCAAUCGAAGGGAGAUGUGCCAUACAAUAUAUUAACGAUAAUGAACAAAAGAAAUUCGGGUUUUCAUUCAAGUGCCAUAGAAAGAGUGGAAGCAGCAGCACCACCAGCACCACCACACGUACCACCACCAGUAGUUCAGAAUCACAAGCAUACUCCGUCAAUGCCAUCUCAUUCCACCCAGUUUACGGUACGUUUAGUACCGCUGGCUCCGAUGGAACCUUCUGCUUCUGGGACAAGGACGCCAAGCAAAGAUUAAAGAGCUUCCCGGUAUUGCCUGGUACUAUCACUGCUACUGCAUUUAACAAGACGGGUAACAUUUUUGCCUAUGCCGUGAGUUACGAUUGGUCUAUGGGAUACAUGGCUAAUAGACAAGAUUACCCAACCAUGAUAAAGUUGCAUGCUACCAAAGAUGAUGAAAUAAAGCAAAAGAACAAGAGGUGAACAAGUACGAAUCUAUUAUAACUCGAUAUAGUAAUUAGAUAUUAAUUAGAUGGUAGGUG